CGAGAUCAACAUUUUAGCGACGCCCUUACUCUGCUCUCGAUUUAUGAAUCCCUUACUUUGCUCUCGAUUUAUGAAUAUUACGAAUUCCCUCAUUUGCCGGACGGACUGUCGUGUGCAACUGUAAUAUGGAAUUUGUGGCAGGUAUAACCAUCGCCAGUUUGGUACUGGUACUUAUUCUUUCAUUGCCCUACAUCUUGGGCGGGUUCCUUGGGCUGCGAGGAGUCACCAAAAUGAAACGCAUAUCUGGACGUCAGACACAUCAGAGGAAACUAACUGGGAAUGCGAAUGGCGCCUUAAACUCUUCCCCGGAAGUUAUCAUCGUUGGGUCUGGCAUUAUGGGCUCUGUCAUGGCAACCGUUUUGGCGCGAGAUGGAAGAAAAGUGACCGUAUUCGAAAGGGACAUGAGGCAGCCAGAUCGUAUCGUUGGUGAGACCAUACAUCCAGGUGGCAUCGAAACAUUGGCCAAACUUGGACUGACUGAUUGUCUAUCCGGUUUUGGAGCCAACAGACUGGAUGGUAUGGUGAUUCAUGAUCCGAAUACGAAGAAACCGUUGGAUUUCCAAUAUCCACGAGACAAAACCGAACGAAUCCGGGUUGGCUACAGUUUCCACUACGGUCGCUUUGUUAUGAGUCUGCGAAAAGCUGCCAUGGCGGAAAAUAAUGUGACAUACAUAGAGGCUACUGUGACCAAUCUCCUCGAGGAGAAACAUCGAAUUGUAGGUGUAGAGUACAAGAACAAGGGUGAACAAACGAUGAAUACGCUCAAAGCUCCUCUGACCGUGAUCGCUGAUGGGGCUUUCUCUAAUUUUCGCAAGCAGUUCUCGACGCUGAACGACGAGAUAUUGACCAAACCAUCAUCUUACUUUCUAGGAAUGAGAAUAAAGAAGACUUCCGACUUCAAGGACAAUCAUAUAGAAGGAUUCUGGUGCAAUUCUAUUGCAGGAGUAUCGUAUCGGACCUGUCCCGAGACAGUCCGCUUACUGGCACUCUUCGGCACCAAUAAACCACAGAACCUGCAGCAACUCGUCAUGGAAACUAUUGUACCUGAACUGCCAGAUCAUUACAAGGAAGUGGUUGGACCAGCCUUGGAGGCGGGUUCCGUACGCCUCCGUCUCAUUCCCGCCUACUACAUCCCUUCUGCGCCUCUCCUGAAACCCGGCAUCAUGUUGCUAGGCGACGCUCUCAGCAGUCGUAGUGCCAUCACAGGAAGCGGAAUAACUUCAGGCCUGAAAGAUAUUCAACUCUGGACCGACAUACUGAAGGAAAUGGAUUCGCUCGAUGAUGAUGAAGCGAUGGCCGAAUCACUCAAUUGGUUCCAGAAGAAGCGUCGUUCAAGCCACGCCCUCGCCAUCAACGUCCUCGCUCAAUGCAUCCAGACAGUCCUCCUCUCAAAAGACCGGUACUUGUCAAAGUUUCGCCUUGGAGCCUUUCACUACGUCAUGAGUGGUGGCGAAUGCUUAGACGGACCCCUACGCAUCUUCUCAUGCUUGGAACCUCGCCCCGGCUUGCUGCUCUAUCACUUCCUGCGGGUUAAUCUCUACACGGCUUAUUACCUCCUCAAAUCGGCACCGUGGUACGCCAAACCUCUUGCUCUGCUGGAUGGGCCGCUGGUCUUCAUUCGGUCAUCCUUGAUGUUCUUCUCCCUCUGGUUCGCUGAGAGCAAAGCCGUGAAAAAUUAACGAACAAAAUGAAGGACACUUAAAGCCCCACUGUCCUACUUGUAGCUACUUGCUCCCUCUGUAUA